ACCAAAACUUGGCGCAUCUUUGCUUCUCCUUGCGGCGGCGCCGAAGGGUCCAGCGCGAGCGUGAUGGUGGUGACGGCGGAGAGUGGUCUGCGCGCGGCCGCGGAGGCGAUGGCCGUGGAGCACGAGGUGUCCGUGGGAGUCCAAGAUCCGGGUCUGCGUGCGUCCGUGGAUGCGAAGCCGGUGAAAGCCGUGGUUCGGAGGAGGAGGAAGCGGCCGGAGGCCCGAACCGAGUUCCGCGGCGUGACCCGGACAGGCAAGGGCGCGUACCGGGCGCAGAUCACGGACCCGAAGGCGAAAGCGCAGAUGUGGCUCGGCACCUUCUGCACCGCCGAGGAGGCCGCCAGAGCCUACGACGCCGCGGCCGUCAAGCUGCACGGCUCGGCGGCCAAGCCCAACUUCAAGCAGCCACCCAUGGCCGCCGCCGCUGACGACGGCGUCGCACCACACCUCUCCUGGGCCGCAGCCGAGCCGUCCUACUCACCGGUGAAGAAGAAGAAGAGGAAGAGUGUUAGGCAGUUCCGCGGCUUGUUCCGGACACUAGGGGGCAGGUACGGGGCGGAGAUCAAGCGCCGCAAGAUUCUGCGGCAGCUCGGCACCUUUGACACCGCCGAGGACGCCGCCAGAGCGUACGACGCCGCGGCCGUCGAGCUGCACGGCGCGAGGGCGGUUACCAACUUCAAGGCGGGCAGCGGCGUCUCCGAGUCGUCCGGCAAAGCGGCGGGGAGCGUGAACGUCAAGGUGGAGGAGCCGGCGGCGGCUAGGCCGGACGCGAGGACCGAGCUCCAAGGCGUGCACCGGCAACUGGGCGGCGAGUGCAGUGCGCAGAUAUGGGACCCGAAGGACUUUGACCUCCUCGACGACUUCACGGAGCUGCCGGCGCUCGACUUCUCGGACAGCCUGAUCCCAGGCCCGCUGCUCGCCGGUCUCCGGGCCGACCUGCCGCCGGCGGAGCGGCAGCUGAUGGACGAGUUCAUCAAGGACAUGGACUUCAACGCCGAGGGGAACUAA